AUGACCAUUGGAGGCUAUCCAAAGCGUGGAAACCCUAUUUUAGGCAAAGACACUCGACCAUCAGACGUGGACAACAUGCCAUACACUACCCUGCUGUACGGAAACGGGCCGGGUUACGGGGUCGCCGGUUCCGGCCAAGACUUCCACGACGACGCCGGCGGCGCCGACCAGCACGCGCGUCACCGCAGGGCCGCGGUUCUGGACUCAGAUCACCUGUGGUGCCGGUCACUGAUAUAA